CAAGAAGAAUGUGAUUGUGGCCAUUACCUCUGAUAAGGGACUCUGUGGUGGUAUUAAUUCAACAUCAGUGAAAGUUAGCAGGGCCCUUCACAAAUUGACAUCUGGUCCAGAAAAAGAAACCAAGUAUGUUAUAUUAGGAGAAAAGGGCAAAGUUCAGCUGUUGCGUGACUCAAAGGACAGCAUUGAAAUGACUGCAACUGAACUGCAGAAGAACCCUAUCAACUACACACAGGUCUGUUUUUAUUAGUUUCCAGAUCAAGGUUUGCAUAUGUUUUAGUUCAAAAAAGAUUUGCAUCUGUUUAUUUUCUUGAUGCCUGAUUGUUUUCACCUAAUCAUGCUGUGGUGUUUGUUCUCUGCCUCUCCGGGCUAUAUAACUCCUUGACUAAUUUGUGAAGCUACUAUUCUGAAUGUGCAGAAAAAGGAUAUCUAGUCGGUUAACUUCAAUGCAAUUCUGGACUCUUCUAGGCCCAAAUGAAAUUCUCUGCUGUAACAGUCAAGAGUAUAAAAAUUGAUCAUCCUCUUUGCAAAGCAGCUGAGUGCCUGAGUCUUUGUGACAUCAAACUAUUGAGUAUAUGAUAAACUAAUGCUAGGAAGACCUGACCAUUUGUGUGCUUCCAAUCGUUUGCUUAGUAGCACUUGGAUUAUGAAAAUAUGUCUUAGCAUGUUGUUGGGUUCUAACUUUAGCUUCCUUAGAUGUCAGGAAUGUAUUGUUUCUGUGAUGAAAUUUGUGAAUACAUUCACUUUAGUACAUUUUUUAUAUAAAUAUAGUUUCCUUUGUUGCUCUGAAGUUUAAUGCUUUCAAUUGAAUGAAUUGCAGGUUGCCGUGCUCGCGGAUGACAUAUUGAAAAAUGUGGAAUAUGAUGCUCUGAGGGUUAUUUUCAACAAGUUCCAAUCUGUCAUAUCGUUUAAGCCCACAAUGGUAACAAUACUUUCCCCCGAGGUUGCAGAAAAAGAAUCAGAAGCUGGUGGGAAGAUGGGUGACCUAGAUUCUUAUGAGAUUGAAGGCGGCGAGACAAAAUCAGAGAUUUUGCAGAAUCUAGCUGAGUUCCAGUUUUCUUGUGUCCUGUACAAUGGUGCCCUAGAGAAUGCAUGCAGUGAGCUUGGAGCCCGUAUGUCUGCCAUGGACAGCUCUAGCAGAAAUGCUGGCGAUAUGCUUGAUCGUCUCACUCUCACUUACAACAGGACACGCCAAGCAUCCAUCACCACAGAGCUUACUGAGAUUAUAUCUGGUGCAUCGGCCCUUGAGGGGUAGUGAAGAGACUGCGGACUUCUUCCUUUUGCCGUUUGUGUUCCUCUCCCAUGAAGGCUUUUUCCCUCGGGAGUCUCAGUUUCAGCUCCUUUCAUUUCACUUUUCCUUGAGAAACUUGCUCUCAUGCUUUGUUGCAAUAAUCAGGCCAACGACAAUGAUAGUGCCGUGCACCCUUGGCACAUUGCAGAAAGAGUGUAAACAGCUAUGGUUAAUGGGUGGUUUUCAUGAAUGGUGAUGAUCAAUAUAUGUAUUGUUGCAC